AUGUCUAAACUACAGUCGUUUCGUGUGUUUUUAGAUGAGCGUUUAACCGCGGCAGCUAUGGAGAUUUUCGGGGCAUUUGAAGAAACGGUAGCGGAGUACCAGGAGGAGAAUGAUCGGCUACGGAGACUGCUGCGGAUCACACCGGAGAUAAAACUAUGUACGAUAGACUCCCUGCAGCUCUCUGUCUCUGAAGAGAUUCUCCCUGAGCAGCAGCACUGUGAGCAGGAGUGGAGCCCCAGUCUGGGGCAGGAGAACCCAGAGCUUCCACAGAUUAAAGAGGAACAGGAGGAACUCAGGACCAGUCUUGAGGAAGAGCAGCUUCAAGGGCUGGAGGCUGAUAUCAAAUUCACUCCUUCCUGUGUGAAAAGUGAAUGUGAUCAGGAGGACCCACUCCAGUCCUUCACUUCUCCCCAAACCCAGACUGUGGAGAACAGAGAGAGUGAUCCUAAACAAGUGGUUCUCACACCUUUUGUUACUGUGACCCACUUUAAGGGUCUCUACAUUCCCUGUGACCCUCCAGAUAAUCAAAACAAUGCCUCAAGCCACAGCUCAGCCGUAAGCAGUGACCCAGUAGGACUUGACAGCAGCCCGCGAUUGGAUCCCAGCCCAUCGAUGGCGGAACAUUGUUCCAAACCCAGCACUGGGAGACCCUGCACCUGCCCUGUUUGUGCCAAGACCUUCAAACUCAAAGGAUAUCUGUCCAAGCACAUGAGGAUUCACACAGGAGUGGGAGAGAAACCAUUUAGCUGUGGAGACUGUGGGAAAAGCUUCAAUUUGAAGGGGAACCUAAAGAACCAUAUGUUGACUCACACAGGAAAUAAAUCAUUUAGCUGUGGAGCCUGUGGGAAAAGCUUCAUUCAUAAGGGGUCCCUAAAGAAGCAUAAACUGACUCACACAGGAGAGAAACCGUUUAGCUGUAGUGACUGUGGGAAAAGCUUCAAUCAGAAGGGGAACCUAAGAAACCAUAAACUCACUCACACAGGAGAGAAACCAUUUAGCUGUGAUGGUUGCGGAAAAAGCUUCACUCAAAAGUCUAACUUACUGACGCAU